UGACCUUCAACAUACUCGUUGACGUGACUUGUACUGACAUGUGUGGGAAUGCGUCCAUUCAUUCAUUGUACACCUCCCUACCCUCACAAACCGACCUCACACACGCAGUGACUCGAUUAGUCAGUCGGCCAUGAUGGCUGGCUGCUCCGCAGGCCCGUGCUCCUCAGUCGUCGUUUCCUCCUCAUCCGUCAUCACUGAUUGCAGCGCCGCACCUAUGAGGCCCUUCAAGUUCUCCGCACCCUCCUCAUUGACGCCCUCCUUCGUCAAGCGGCCAACGAAGGGGUUGAGAGGACUUGGCUGGAAGGGCGAGGACUCCUGCCUGCACACACAAAGGGGGAUUCCCAGUGCACAAGCUGAUCUCCACGUGUGUACGUGUCUCUGUGUGUGUGCAUCUGCUCGCCUUAGAUUAGGUGUGUUGGUGACGUUGGUCAGUCUCUCAUGCGGCGGGGUGCUGCGCUGAGGCGGCAAUAGAGGGCGGCUCGCUGAGCCAGACAGAGUUUGGCCUGGACAACAUUUAGCACACAUAAACCCACCCACGCAUCCACAUUCCCCCCUUCCCUCCCCACACUCACUCUGUCGUCUUGGUGGCGGUGUGACGGAUAUCAUGGUAGACGACGAAGGCAGCAGGUCAUCCAUCAGCACCACCUCAUCCGCGUGCAUGCCGUCAGGAGAGGGCGAGGCAAGGUUCGGCGACAGACCUCCACUGCGCCUCAGCGGCUCAGGAAUCGGCUUCAAGGACGAAGGAGAGCUGAGACACACACAAAACACAACGGGGCAAUCGUCGCCGUCUGGUUACAAAGACACAGGUGCCCUUUCACUUUCUCUGCAUCCACGACUUCUUCCCGGCCUCCCCCCUGCCCCUGGUGUUGUGCUGCCACGGGCGCAAGGGAUCCAGCCCUCCCACCACUCCGCCACCCUCCCUCUCUCCACUCCUGUCAUCCCUCUGCGGCGGCAAGCGAAAUCUGAUGACACACAGAUAGAGACAAGGGAUCACCGAUCCCUGCAGUAGUCAAAAGGCAUGUGUGUGCGGACGAUGGUGGCGAAUCGCAGUCGAUGCUCUCCAACAGAUGGAUCGAGCUCGAUGCGUUGCUCGAUGGCGUCCCGUGAUCUCGGAAGGCGCUGAAGGCAGGCGGUUGCUGGGGAGGCUGAGGCUGGCGGGGAGGUUUUUUCGUCGAAGACGGCUGAGGAGCUUUGGCUUGCAGCUGUGUGCUGGGCUUCUUGGUGUUCCUGGCUGCUCGAAGAGACGUGCCUGAGGAGCUGGUCGUGUGACGGUGGUGGCUGGCGAGUGAGGGAGCACCGUAUGGCAGGGUGUUUGGGGGAUACUGCGACACGAGCUGCAUCUCCCAGAAGGCGGCCGCGGUGCGCGACUCCUCCAACUCUUCCAAUGCGCGGUUCAGGUCACCCUCCAGCUGCAUCCAUGGAAGUAUGCGCGAUGGAGAGGAGAUCAAUGGAGAUCGCGAUUGAUCAAUCCAUACCGCCUUCAGUUGCUUCUCUCUCUGGGCCAGUAGGUGUCGGUCGGCCGCCUUCUGUUCAUCAGCUCGUACCUUGGCGGCCUCCAGCUUGUGUGUGAUGGCCUGGAAAGACGUCAACUGGCCCUCAGCCUCCUCCAACUGAGACGUCAGGUCACCGAUCUGCACACAAGGAGAAGCGGGGGAGGCAAAGCAGACAUCUGGUGAGAAGCACCGGCGGAAGCCCACCUGCUGUCUCGCGGCAGAGGUCUCCUGGCUGACUUCGUGCAGCAGCGACUCGUACUUUUCCACCUUGCCCUUGAGCUCAGAUACCUCUGUGUCUCGGGCUGACAACACCUGACGUCGGACACACAAUGGUCGGUGCACCUGGUGGGUGCGAUGACGCUACCUCUAACAGCCCUUGGUUCUUCUCCUCUAGUCGAUCUCCUCUUCCAUGGGCAGCCGCGAGGCGCUGCAUCAGCUCCUCGCUCUGCAUGCUGACUUCUUCAACGCGCAUGGCCCUCUUUCGCCACUCGCCGAUUCGCUCAAGCGCUCUCGCCACUUUGCCUCUCACAUCUCCCACCUCUUCAACGCUCGUCACGCCUCCAUCCUCCCCGACACACUUGAGGACGUCUACCACGCAUCGCUUGCAGGACAUUAAGGCCUCCCGCUGGCCAUUGCUCAUCUGCAGACCACCACACCCGACACUGACAAUACCUCCUUGUCAUGUAUAUGUCUCUUGUCUGACCUUCAUCAUAGCCUGGAAUGUCACCUUCAUGAACUCCAUCUCAUCGCGCCGCCGGUUCUCCUCUUCAAGAGUGUUGCCGACACGCCCAUGGCCGUGGCCGUUGAAGGAAAGGUCGACGAUGGCGGGCCGCGGCAUUGGCUGCACUCUCACGUUCUGGCAUGAGGAGACCAGACGGAUGGCUGGCUUGAGCGUUUGUGUGUACAGCGGGGCUGGGAUGGAGGAAGGCAGGUGCACACACAGGUGCAGAUGGCAGUCCCUGAUGGAUUUGGAGGGGAAAGGAAGGAAAUGCACGCUUCCAAUGCGGGCCACAAAACAGGCUUUGCGGAGAUUUGUUGCGCCUCACUUUUGCAGUGCAUCGAAUAGGAGAGACGUGAGGCUGCUGCGGCGCCUGAAACUCUCGUCCGGACCUGCAUAUACGAAGAAGCCCACUAUCUCUGAUAUGCGUGCGACAACCAAACUCCAGCCGCAUUCAAUGACUUACCCGCGUCAGUGGACGACCUCAGCUGCAUGAGCAUCUGGUACAAGUUGCUGAUCGAGUCUCGCAGGAACUUCUGCUGGUCUCUCGUGGCGCCCCACCCACCCCCUCCCUCCACCUCAUCCGCAGCUAACAUGACCACACACACCGUCAGCUGGCCCUUGACGCCCCUGCUGUUGGGCCUCACUGACAGGAACGAGAGCCGAAAGAUGAAAUGUGCGCAGUGGAGGCGAGAUGGACUGAGUGUGGUGCACUGGCUGGCGCUCUCGCUGGCUGUGCGGGGACUGGGGAUGGACAGACACGAGGGGCUGGGCGGGAAGGGGGACGGGGGCAGGGGGGGAGGCUGGUCGUGGAGAGGAGACACAGAGUGGCUGAGGGUGGCGGUGAGGGCCUCGGCGUCUUUCUUGUUCAGGAUGGUUGCCUUCUUGAGGGCCAGGCGUCUCCCCUUGACCAUAGAGAGCUCUUCCAUGCAUUCCUGACCAAAGACAUCAGAACAACGACUUGAUUCCACAGUUUCUCUUCAUGCGGACCCUAUAUUGAGAGAGAAGAUCGACAACUCCCGUCUCCUUGACGAGUGCCAUCGCACUGCAUUGUACUAGUCCCUCAGGCCCAUCCUCUAUCUCACACAACUCGCGCAGCCACCUGCCAAGCAAUCCCUCGCCGGCAUCCCCGCCACUGCGUGUCGGCACCAGCUGUCCAAUCACGUGCGGCACAUCCCUUGGCAGGGCCAUCACGACAAUGGUCUCUUGAUACCCGCCCCGCACUCGCUGCGGCACUCUGUGUGCGCCCGCCAGCCGCUCCAUGCGGCUCAGCAUUUGCGAGGCCACAUAGACGUCCCCCUGGAAGGACGUGCUCGUGAUUGUCCCUGCAGCGGGCGAGCGGGGCGGCUGGGAGAGAACGGGCGAGUACGUCGAGAGGUUCGUCCUGCGCAGCGGCAGGCCGUCUUUCUCGUCGCUCGGCGUUGCGGCGCCGCUGGCGUUGGCCGUUGAGUGGUUCGUGCCGGGAGGCGCGUGGGACGUCACGAGGACGGACAGAUGGCAGGGGCCGCUGCCGCUUGCAGUGGUGCUCUUGCGGUUGUUUCCCCAGCCGCCAGUAGCCUUGAAAAAGGCGCGAGGGCCGGAGCUGUGACCCGCGGCAGCUGAGAGGGAGCUCUUGUCGAUGAUGAAGGCGGUUUGGGCAUUGCAAGGGGAGGCAUCGAGUGGCUCCAUCUUGGUGGUCAUGACAAGAGCUCCCUGCCUCUUCGAAAUCGUCGUGAUUGAAGCGAUGCGG